AUGUCAGGGAACGCGAGCCAUGACCAAAUAGUUCCCGACGGCGAAGCUCAUCCCAAGCAAGAGCAACAACAACAGCAGCAACAAGAUUCAACCCAUAGCAACCCUGACAGCCAAAAUGAACAAAACGACGACCCAAACGACGCCAUCAUGACCGAUGUCCAACGGCAGUCGUUAAGUGUACAGAUCGGUGACAGUCUCAAUGCCAUCCAAUAUCCAGAGUUUUUGCGUACAAUUGGCGAUUCGAACCAGAUCCAUACACCAUGGGCAGAUAUCCAACAAGCAAUAAAGGCAGCAAUACUUGAGCAAUGCGAGAUUAUGGAGCCACAAGCGAGUGAACGCGAUCGUAGCAUUAUCGAAGGAAUCAAGACGAAUAUUUUGCAUGGAUUGGAACGCCAUGAAAGGCCACCAUUUACAAUUCAACGUCUUUGUGAGCUUAUCAUCGAUCCCAAACGCCAUUAUCGAAUGUAUAUCAAAUACAUGAAUGCAAUUGAAAAGGUCCUUACCGUAACAUCGGCAUGGAACGAUUUUAUCGAGCAUACAGACGCCAAUGGAUCAUCAAGUUCAGCAUCACACUUGGCAGAAGUUGGUGGAUUACUGGGUGUAGGCGACAUUGGUGUGGAGCAGGAACCGAUCACCACUGAAGCAAAUGGACAUCAGGAAGAAAACAAGGACGACAACAACGACAACGGCAAUAAUAUCGACGGCAUGGAUGUAGACUCGUAA